UAGUAGGAGUGUGCUAAAGCUCUCCCACGGCUGGAGGAGAGCCUGGGCAACGCCAGCAUGGGCCUGCUGCUUCUGUGAGAUAGGGAAUAGCAUAUGGUGGCAAAUCUGCCCAACUUUUCAGCUAUUGCUGCUGCCCGAGGAAAGGGAGCAAGCAUCUGCUCUGGUUGCUGCACAGAGCCUGGGUGGGAGUGAUGCUUGGAGCUGCGGAGCGCAGUGCCUGCUCCCACUGCCCAGCUGCUUGAUCAUGAUCCUGCUUUCUUCCUGCCUUCAGAAAGCCUCCAGCUCUGCCUUCCACACCAAUGAUGUUUCUCUGAGAGGCUGGCUGACAAAACCUCCAGGCUGGGUUCGGGGCUCUGCUGCAGGCCUCGUCACUGCAGCGUGCAGGGAGCAGCAGCUCCUCGAGGUAGGAGCAGGGUCUCACUGUGUGUCUGCAGAGCGCUGAGGGGCCCUGAUCUGUGUGGCCUCCGUGCUACCAAAAUGUAAAUAAUGAUGUGUAGAUAAAGAUGAGGUCAAGGAACAUCUCUUCAACUUGAUAAUUUUCCCCGGUGGGAAGAUUUAUGUCACCGCUUCUGGCUGGGCUGGGAUUGCUCCAGGUUUUGGUCAGUGUCCAAGUAACCGUGCAGAAACACUAUGGGACAUAAAGAGUUGACAGGCUCGCAUGAUAACAUAAAAGUUUGCUACCUUCUAAUUUUGCAAUCAAAACAAAUAGUACCCUGCACUGCAGGAACAGCAGCAAGGGAGUGAGCCAUCCGUUACAUGUUCUGCAUUGCCAAAGGAAGUGGCAGAACCGUUAGCUGCAGCAGCAAGCUUACUGGCACAAUGCACGUUUCAUGGGGCUUUAUAGCUUCUUUUAAAAUAGUCUCUACCACUGCAGACAGCCUGUGGGCUGCAUCAGCUGAGCAAAACAUUAUCCUGCUAGGACAGAGAAUUAUUGUCAUGUUUUUUUCAUGCCAGCUGUCUCUGCGCUGGCUGACCAAUGCAAGCAACUCAACAGCAUAGCAGUUUAAAAACAAACAGAAAACCAACCUUCCAACCUGGCUGUGUUUUCUGAUGACUGGUUUGGCUGAAGGACAAGCUGAAGCCGGUAGCUUGGAGGUUGCAGCUUAGCAGAAAAGGUCAGGCUUGAGAACCCCAGAGAAGCAGUAUUUGUUUGAAGGUUCGGGUUUUGCUUUUAAUUAUCUUCUUUAACUGAGAUGGAUAAGAAUUGGGAGAAAUGCACAAUAUUUAUUUAUUUAUGAUAGCAAAAGGCCGUACUUCGAAUUUUUAGUAUUAAAGGUGUAGUUGUACAGCCAGGAAAAUCAAGAACAGCUUCUGUCACUUGAAUGUUAAAGGUCUGUAGAACGGGAUAAGUAGUAACUUAAGUUAUUACUCCAGGGCUAAAAAGCCCAACCUUAGGCCCUCACUGGAAGAUGCAUGUGAUGUCUGUGCAGAGACUGGUUCUGGCAGUCUUCUUUCCAGGUCUGUAAAGAACCUUGUGCACUGCUGCGCUGGUUCAUAACUGGGCUCCCGAGGAGUUUAAAUCUCUGUUGAUCCUAAUGCCAAGUGUAAGGAUGCUGAAGUGCUUAGGCCAGAGCUGUUGAUUUUUAAUUCUACCUGUAUUGGUGGGACAAUUUGUUUCCUUGUGUUUUUGUGUGUGUGUGACUCUAUUUAAAGUGUCACAUUGGAUGACUUGUAUGAGAAGGUGUAGGUCAUGCCUUUCCUCGUAUAAUAAGUGAGAUCUGACAGCUGGGAGAUGUCUCGUGCAGAGCCAUUGCCUCUCUGAAUUCAUUGCCAUGCGCUCUAUUAAGAAGUGGGACAUUUGCAAAGCGUUUGCACUUCAGAUUUCUCCUAAUCUUGCUUUUUUUCUGCUCCCUUAAGUGUUGCAUUGAAACUAAAAGGGGAUGAUCCGACAUCAAGGCAGCUUCCCCUGCAAACAAUAAGGAAUCUGAUGGAGCACGGGUUAUAAGGGUGCCCGGUGCCUGCGGCUGCUGCAGCACGUGGGGUCCCUGGCACCCAGAGAAGCAGUCCCUGUGUCACAGAGCCACCAGGUUCCAGAGUGCUCCCCUGGUUACGGAGCUGUUGGGGUACCUGAGUGCAGAUAGCAAUGCUGCUCGGGCAAGCCUGGGAAGAUGGAUACUUAAAUAUCCCUCUGUGUUGCGGAUCUAUUUGUUUGUACACAUCUAUUUUUGUAAGAUUCCCCUGAAUUAGGUACCUGUUUACUUCUUGUUGUCAUCUAAUCAGUGACUCAAAGGGUUGCAUGGUUGGACCCUGGAAAUGGGAUGUCAGUCCCAUUCAGGGAGCAUAAAGGAAGAAGGAGAAGCUCCCAGUUGCUGCUGCAGUGACAGCGAGUGAGAGCAAGAGCAGGAAAAUGUCGGCAGUCACUUCAGCAAUUCAGGCUCCUCAGGGCCCUGUGAAUCCGCCGCCUCCGGAGGUCACUAAUCCUAAUAAGCCUGGCCGGAAGACCAACCAAUUGCAAUACAUGCAAAAUGUUGUUGUAAAGACCUUAUGGAAGCAUCAGUUUGCUUGGCCUUUCUACCAGCCUGUUGAUGCAAUUAAACUGAAUUUACCGGAUUAUCACAAAAUAAUAAAAAACCCCAUGGACAUGGGGACUAUCAAGAAGCGUCUGGAACAUAACUAUUACUGGAGUGCCAGUGAAUGUAUGCAGGAUUUCAACACCAUGUUUACAAAUUGUUAUAUUUAUAACAAGCCCACAGAUGACAUCGUCCUUAUGGCCCAAGCCCUUGAGAAGAUAUUUCUGCAGAAGGUUGCUCAGAUGCCUCAGGAAGAAGUUGAAUUAUUACCCCCAGUUCCUAAAGGCAAAGGUCGUAAGCCUUCAGUGGGCACGCAGAGCACAGGAGCGCAGCAAGCAGUGGCCGUGUCUUCCGUCUCCCCUCCGGCCCCGUUCCAGAGCGUCCCUCCAGCCGUGUCUCAGACGCCCGUCAUCGCUGCCACCCCUGUGCCGACCAUCACUGCUAAUGUCCCGCCUGUCACCGCCCCGCCUGCCGCUGCUCCCCCUCCGCCUGCUGCUCCGAUCAUGCCCGUGGUUCCUCCUACGCCACCCGUAGUCAAGAAAAAGGGAGUGAAGCGGAAAGCGGACACGACCACCCCCACCACCUCCGUGAUCACUGCCAGCCGGAGCGAGUCCCCCACGCCCCUGUCGGACCCCAAACAGGCCAAAAUCAUCGCUCGGCGGGAGAGCGGCGGCCGGCCCAUCAAACCACCAAAGAAAGACCUGGAGGACGGAGAGGUCCCCCAGCACGCAGGGAAGAAGGGCAAACUCUCUGAGCACCUCAAGUACUGUGACAGCAUUCUCAAGGAGAUGCUCUCGAAGAAGCACGCAGCCUACGCGUGGCCGUUUUACAAGCCCGUUGAUGCAGAGGCCUUGGAAUUACAUGACUAUCACGAUAUUAUCAAACACCCCAUGGAUCUCAGUACUGUUAAAAAAAAAAUGGACAGUCGGGAAUACCAGGACGCACAAGGUUUUGCAGCAGAUAUUCGGUUAAUGUUCUCUAAUUGUUACAAGUACAAUCCUCCAGACCACGAAGUGGUAGCCAUGGCCAGGAAGCUCCAGGAUGUCUUUGAGAUGAGGUUUGCAAAGAUGCCUGAUGAGCCCGCAGAGGCCCCUCCUCCACCUCCUCCAACAGCACCAGUUGUGAGCAAAAGCACAGAGAGCAGUCACAGCAGCGAGGAGAGCUCUUCUGACUCAGACAGUUCAGACUCGGAAGAAGAGCGAGCGACUCGGCUGGCAGAGCUCCAGGAGCAGCUGAAGGCAGUCCAUGAGCAGCUAGCUGCAUUGUCGCAAGCACCAGUGAACAAACCAAAGAAAAAAAAAGAGAAGAAGGAAAAAGAAAAGAAAAAGAAAGACAAGGAGAAGGAAAAGGAAAAGCACAAAGUAAAAGCUGAGGAGGAGAAGAAGCCCAAGGUGGCUCAACCGCCGAAGCAAACCCAGCAGAAGAAAGCCCCAGCUAAAAAGGCAAACAGCACGACCACAGCUAGCAGGCAGCCCAAGAAAGGAGGAAAGCAGGCGUCUGCAACCUAUGAUUCGGAUGAGGAGGAGGAAGGCCUGCCCAUGACCUAUGAUGAGAAACGACAGCUCAGCUUGGACAUCAACCGCUUGCCUGGGGAGAAGCUGGGCAGGGUGGUGCACAUCAUCCAGUCACGGGAACCUUCCCUCAGGGACUCCAAUCCUGAUGAGAUAGAAAUAGAUUUUGAAACCUUGAAGCCCACAACGUUGAGAGAACUGGAGAGAUACGUGAAAUCUUGUUUACAGAAAAAACAAAGGAAACCAUUUUCUGCAAGUGGAAAAAAGCAAGCAGCGAAGUCUAAAGAAGAGUUAGCUCAGGAAAAGAAGAAAGAACUAGAAAAACGGCUACAGGAUGUCAGUGGGCAGUUAAACAACAACAAGAAACCUGCAAAGAAAGAGAAAUCAGGCUCUGCUCCCCCCGGGGGCCCGUCCCGGCUCAGCAGCAGCAGCUCCUCCGAGUCGGGCAGCAGCAGCUCCAGCGGCUCCAGCUCGGACAGCAGUGAUUCAGAAUGAGCCACGGACACUUACACAAAACACAGAAUGGACAUCACCCUCACCGAUGCUCUGCAGUGUUCCUUUCUCUCCUUAAAGUACUGCUCUUGUUCCACGGUGGUCAGGUGUUUGUUUGUUUGUUUGUUUUUCUUCCUCUCUGACUUCUUUUUUUUUUUAAUUAUUAUUUUUUAAUUCAGUGUUAUAAAAGGUCUCUUCCAUUUUCCAGGGGCACUCUUCUAUGAAUAGGUCAAAGAUCUUUGCGUGUGCGUGGCUAGACUUUAUGGCAAACGGUUCCCUUUGCGUAAAGUCUCUAAAACACAUUGUAACUGAAGAAAUUUGGUUGAAAAUGGAAGAACUUGGAACUCUUCGCAGGAGGUGACCAGUAGGUUUCUGCAGAGUUGGUAGUACAUCUCCCUUCUGCCCCUUCCUUCUCCCCAGGUUGUUCUCUUUUAAUAAGCCCACCUGGCUCACACAAGGGAAAAAAGAUCUUUAAAGAAAUCUGUGAAAUGGUACUGUAUCUGAAAGAUGCUAGCUUUUGGACUAGUUGGUGUAUUUGUUUAUUAGCACUAGUAUUCUUAAUCUCCAAGUCUACAGUGUGAUGAAGAUGUCAGAUGCUGUCAUCUUUGUACGUAAAAGCAAAAGAAACAAUAAGAAAUCUAACAUUUCUGUUAAUGUUGGUAGAGGCGUAGGCACCUGUUCAGGAAGGUAUUUAAGCAUGAAUUUAAUUUGAAGCACAUGAGCCAUAGAAAUGUUUGCACUUGUAACUUCUAGCUCUUCAAAUUUUCAUUUUUUCUUGGGAAUACGUUGGUAAGGAGGGAGCAAAGGAAACUCGAGUUCCUUGGGAAUGUUAUUUUUAACAUCAGAUAGAUAAUUUCCAGGAAAUUGACGUUCUCUCUGGAAGUUUUUUGUCUAAUUGAAAGCAGCUUGUGGCUGCAAGUUCUCAGCUGGGCCUCGAGGAGUGUUCCCUGCAGAGUGACCAAGACGAGCCAUGUGCUCAUUAUUAGACACAUGCUUAAGUACUUUCUCCAUGACAAGCACCUCGGACUGGGCUUAAAAUAAAAGAGCGCUCGAGCUCCAGCUGAGGCUGAGCUGGCAGGGGACUCGGAGAGGGAUGUUGGUUUUGUGCUUUGUUGGUUUGGUUUUUUUUUUUUUUUGGUGUUUUUUCUUUUUUUUUGGUUUCGUUUGUUUCUUUCCCACCCCUUAUCUUCGUAUCUGCAAUGAGCUCCUAGAAAGGGAAUGCUACUUCUGUGUCAGGCAGGGUGCAGGUUUCCAGAUCCUGAAGUGUUUACCUCAAUUAUAGUAAUAAGGGAAAAAAGAAAAA